AUGUCUGCUGUAACGUCUGCGUCUCUCUGCUGGGUUUUACUCUCCGUCUGCCUCCUCUCUGUCUCUGCAGACCAGAAAAACAUCAUAGCUGUGCCGGGACAGACUGUCACGCUGCCGUGUCGAGCUCCCAACAACAACUAUCCCGUCUUAGUCGUAGAGUGGAGCCGAGCGGACCUGGAGACAGAAUAUGUCCUUUUUUACCGAGACGAGAAGCUCGAUCCAGAAGAGCAGCAUCCGUCUUUUAAGGACCGGGUGGAUCUGCAGGACAGACGGAUGAAGGAUGGAGACGCGUCUUUGGUUCUGAAGGACGUGGCGGUUAAUGACACCGGAACAUACGAGUGUCACGUCGUUCAGAGAGGAACAAACCGCAGGACGAGAGCCAGUCUGGAUGGUGACCCCAUCAGCACCAUUUACCUGAGUGUUGUUGCUCCAGAGCAGAAAAACAUCACAGCUAAAUCUGGACAGAACGUCACUCUCACAUGUCGAGCUCCAAAUCACAUCCUCAUACCGGGCGUGGAGUGGAGCAGACGUGAUCUGGAGACACAAUAUGUCCUUUGGUACUGGGAAAAGCAGUUUGUUCCAUAUUACCAGCAUCCAUCCUUUAAGAACCGGGUGGGUCUGCAGGACAGACACAUGAAGGAUGGAGACCUGUCUUUGGUUCUGAACAAUGUGACGGCUGCUGAUAACGGAACCUACGAGUGCUGCAUCUCUCAGGAAGUCAGAGACGGUAGAAAGUCGAUCGUUUUCAAGUCUGAGCCCAUCAGCAUCAUCCACCUGAAGGUUCUUUCACCAGGUGCGAGAGACGUACAUGUGGAGUCUGACAGGAACGCCCAUCUGGAGUGUCACGGUCCUGAAAAUGCCAAACUCGUACUGCUAGAGUGGAAGAGACGGGAUCUGCUGUCAGAUGGAUACGUCUUCUUCUAUCAGGAUGAUCGUCUGCAUAAAAGCUUCCAGCAUCCGGUUUAA